AACCCCCCAAUUCCGCCCGUCUUGCAGUUUCUGAACGCCAAUUCGCUCCUUCUCCCGAAGGGACCCCGCUCUGGCUGAAAAGACGAAAAAAUAGAAAGAUUGCUGAAUGGCCGGAGAGUGGUCCAGCCCUCUUCAUCCCUCCUCCACCCGGCCGUCCUCCCCCGGUGCUCCGUGGCGACACUUUCGGGCAUCCCGGGGACUCUCAGGCCCCGUCCGUCUUUUUCUCCUUGGGCUGCGAUGGCUUGGGGGUUUAGGAGAAGGCUAUAAGAGGGACGGUGGGAAUGGCAAUGAGGUCAGUCCUGUGGCCUCCUCGGUUUGGCUCUCAGCGGAAUUACUGUCUUUCUUCCGAGCCCCGAUAUAUGAAUACUGUCAUGAAUUGAGAUCCCCCGAGGAAUCAAGUUCCUCCAAAUCGUCUUCUCCCAUCGCCAACUACUUCAGGUCUUAUUCUCCUGUUUGCGCGUGCAGCAAAUUAUCUUUCUUCUACUUGAUCAGUCUUCAGCCAACAACCGCCGCCAAUAUCAGGAGGCUGGGUGGCUGGGGCAGACGCGGGUGCAGCAGAGACACGGCGUCUAUUCGACAGGAAGGUGACUGGCCAUGACGAGAAAUGCUUGUCUACAUAGCUGUGGAAGCAUGUGGCAUUCAAUCGAGCUGCAUCGGCCGUUAAUUCUCUCGAAUAUCAUAGUCAAACUGCGUGGCUCGCUUCUUUAGAGGUCAGCCAACCUCAUCAAAUCGAGCAUAUGCAAUUUUCGCUGGCCUGGGCUAGUGGGCUAUUGUGUUCGGCUGACUUUUGAGGCCUCCUAAGGUGAGAAAGCUUGUCUCUCUUUCAUUGCAGCUUUUUGAGGUUCCUUGUCAUCUUUGGGCUAUCAUAUAAAUGGUGAUUUCUUGAGUCAAAGGCUGCAAGGUACAAGAAUC